UUAUUUCCCAUGAGGGCAUUUGGUGUUAGUUUCCGUCUGCAACUUACAAACUUAAGAUCAUGUCGCAAAGAUGCCUUUUUAGUUCUCUUCUCUCUGUUCUUACUCUUAUCUACUUAGUCUGUACAGUCUCUGCUUCUCCGUCGCUGCACCCACAUGAAGUUGAAGCGCUUAAAGAUAUUGCAUCGACACUUGGUGUUAACCACCUGAACCUAAGUGAAGAUCCAUGUCUCACAGACUCUGGUGAUCACUCAAGAUGUCCUCAAGGAAGGUCAGAACAGCACAAUCAGAUGUGACUGUCGUUUCAACAACAAUAACACUUGUCAUAUCACACACUUUAUCCUUAAGACAUUCAGUCUUCCGGGACGACUUCCACCAGAACUCGCAAAGCUUCAGUAUCUUAAAUUGAUUGACUUGUGCCGGAAUUACCUUAAUGGCUCAAUCCCUAUGGAAUGGGCCUCGCUGCCUUACCUCACAUCUAUCUCUGUUUGUGCAAAUCGCUUGUCAGGAGGCAUUCCAAAAGGACUGGGGAAGUUUAUUAACCUCACUAAAUUAGAUCUUGAAGCCAAUCAAAUUUCUGGAACUAUCCCUAUGGAACUUGGGAACCUGGUUAACCUAGAAGGAUUAAUACUCUCUUCUAACCAAUUAGUUGGAGGCAUACCCAAGACAAUAGCAAGACUAAAAAAUCUGACAAAUCUCCGUUUCAGCGAUAAUCGCCUUAAUGGAUCCAUCCCCGAGUUAAUGGGGAACUUAUCUAAACUUCAAAGAUUAGAACUCUAUGCGAGUGGCCUAACAGAACCUAUUCCAGACUCCAUCUUUCAACUAGAGAAUUUGUUCGACCUGAGGAUCAGUGACACAACAUUGGGACAAUUUCCUCAUAUAACUAGCAAGAACCUGAAAUUUUUGAUUCUCAGAAAUAUGAACUUAACAGGACCUAUCCCAACCACUAUCUGGGAUCUUCCCUAUCUCAUGACUCUAUAUUUGGCUGGAAAUAUGUUGUCAGGAAAAAUUGAAUCAGGACCUUUCCUUACGGCAAGCACCAAUAUUGAUCUUUCCUAUAAUAACUUCACAUGGUCUCCAAGCUGCAGAGAGAGGACGAAUGUAAACACAUAUAAGAGCUCGAGUUCACGAAACAGUCUAACCAGACUUCUUCCAUGUUCUGCCAUAAACCAGUGUAAUAAUCAUAGCAGAUCCCUUCAUAUAAACUGUGGGGGACCUGAUGUCACUAUCAAAAACCCUCGAGGAAGGUUUUUAUAUGAGGGUGAUAAAUAUGGAUUAACCGGUUCAGCUAUGAACUAUCAUGAAAAAAAAUGGGGAUUCAGCAAUACUGGUGACUUCAUGGAUGAUGUAAUAACAGAAGACACAUACUCAGUUUCAUCAGAUUCUGUAGUAUCUGCAAAAUAUCCUGAGCUAUACCAGACAGCUCGACGUUCUCCCCUGAGUCUAGCUUACUUUGCGUUUUGUUUUCAAAAUGGAAGCUACAAUGUGAAACUACAUUUUGCAGAGAUUCAGUUUUCAGAUGAGGAACCAUACGCUAGGCUAGCUAAACGGUUCUUUAACAUUUACGUUCAGGGGAAGUUGAUUUGGGAGGACUUCAACAUCAGAGAAGAGGCUAAUGGAUCUCACAAGGAAGUUAUAAAAGAAGUGAACACGACUGUGACUGAUAACACCUUGGAGAUACGGCUAUACUGGGCAGGAAAAGGCACCACGAUCAUUCCUAAAAGAGGGAACUAUGGCUCUCUUAUCUCUGCAAUCUCUGUCUGUCCCAGUUCUGAAUCUGAAUGUGGUGUUGAAGUGAAGACUCCUCCAGUUACCAAAGAACACAAACCAAGAACAUACCCUUUCAUUCUUGUCGUAACAGCCUUAAUACUCUCUCUUACUUUCUUGAUUUUUGGCGCUUUCUACUGGAGGAAAUGUGUUAGAAAUGCAGAUUCAGGAAAGAGAGGUUCCUUCAGUUUAAAGCAACUAAAAGUUGCGACUGACAAUUUUGAUCUCUUAAACAAGAUUGGAGAAGGCGGCUUUGGAUCUGUAUAUAAGGGACGAUUACCAGAUGGAACAUUGAUAGCGGUAAAGAAGCUAUCUUCAAAAUCAUGUCAAGGUAACAGAGAGUUUGUAAACGAGAUUGGUAUGAUCGCUUGCCUGCAGCAUCCGAAUCUUGUGAAGCUUUAUGGAUGCUGCUGUGAGAAUAAUCAGCUUCUUCUUGUCUAUGAGUACUUGGAGAACAAUUGUCUUGCUGAUGCAUUAUUUGGAAGAAGCGGUCUGAAACUAGAAUGGGGAACAAGACACAAAGUAUGCUUAGGAAUCGCGAGAGGGCUUGCCUUUCUUCAUGAAGAUUCAGCGGUUAAAAUCAUUCACAGAGACAUCAAAGGGACAAAUGUACUUCUAGACAAGGAUCUGAACUCAAAGAUUUCGGAUUUUGGGUUGGCUAGGCUCCAUGAAGAGGAGAAGAGCCACAUUACCACCAGAGUUGCUGGAACAAUAGGAUACAUGGCUCCUGAAUAUGCAAUGAGGGGUCACCUAACAGAAAAAGCAGAUGUUUACAGCUUCGGUGUGGUGGCAAUGGAGAUAGUUAGCGGGAAGAGCAAUGCUAAUUACACACCAGAUAACGAAUGUUGUGUUGGUCUUCUCGAUUGGGCGUUUGUUUUACUGAAGAAAGGAGUUUUCUCAGAGAUUCUUGAUCCGAAGCUGGAAGGAGUAUUCGAUGUGAUGGAGGCAGAGAGAAUGAUAAAGGUAUCGCUUCUAUGUUCCAACAAGUCUCCGACCUUAAGGCCAACAAUGUUGGAGGUUGUGAAGAUGCUUGAAGGCGAAACAGAGAUAGAACAGAGCAUUGAAGACCCUGGAGUGUACGGAGAUGAACUAAGGUUUAAGCGAUUGUCAGAGAUUGGGACAUCAUCUUUACCUUCUGACUACCUCGUGUGAAUUCCUUCUUCUUUUGAAUCUGCUUACGACCUGUACCCUCUUAGUCCGGAGUCCAUCGUUUUCUCUAGACCGUAGCUUAAACAGAGCUUUGUGUCUAUGAUAAACCAUUAAGAAACUCAAUCACAGUUAUGAAACAUGUUGUUGCUGACAAAUUGCUAGUCAAGUUAUGUAAAAUGCUUUUUGGUUAA